ACGAGGGCGCAGGCGCGGGGCACGCGGAGGGGCGUGGCUUGUGGAGGACGCAGCGGCAGGGAUACCCAGAAGGGCGGGGCCUACAUGACGUCACGAUGACGUCGCCCCUCACUGGCGGCUGCCGCGGCGGCGAACCCGCAAGCGGGACCCGGGGUUCGCCCUAAAGAUGGCCGCAGGGGUCCGGGCCGUUUUCAGAUGCCGCAGGCAUGAGCAGAGCCGUGUUCAGGUCAUGCAUUGCUCAGAGGGACCGACUGAGUGUUAACGAUGGAUACGUGCAAACACAUCACACAGUUGCAGCUUGCCCAGGACCAUUCCAUCCUCAGCCCUCAGAAAUGGCAUUGCGUGGACUGCAGUACGACCGAGUCCAUCUGAGCCUGCCUCAGCUGUCCCCACGUCGCCUGUGGACGCUACAUUGAAGAACAUGCACUCAAGCACUUUCACAAAAGCAGUCAUCCUGUCACAUUGGAAGUGAACGAGUUGUAUGUUUUCUGUUAUCUCUGUGACGAUUAUGUCCUGAACGACAAUGCAGCUGGAGACAUGAAGUCACUACGAAGUACAUUAAGUGUGAUCAAAAGUCAGAGUUACUGUACCACUCGUAGUGGGAGGGUUUUACGACCCGUGGGUACGAGUGACAGUUCUUACUUUGUACCUUAUGGCACCCAGUCUCUGCUCCGGAAUGAAGAGCAAAUGUGUACUGCUCUGUGGCACAGGCGAAGGAUGCUCAUGGGGAAAAUCUUUCGGACGUGGUUUAAACAAUCAUCCAUUGCAAGAAAAAGGCAAGAUGAACAAGCUCAGGAAAUGGUAGCAAAAAGAGAAGUGAAAAAAAGACAGCAAGAGUUGCCAGAGCAUCAGGUGAAAGCAGAAUUGGACAGUAUGCCUCCCAGGAAGAGCUCACGCUUGCAAUGUGCAGUUCAGUCCGCCACAGCCAGCAUGGUUCCCGUUCAGGUGUCAGCACAAAGCCCAGCGUCCCCAGCCAAGGCGAAAACCACAUCUACCUCAGAAGACACAAAGCUGAAGACAACUGCAGAUACCCCAGCUGCACGAAGGCCGGUGGUGACUCCUGGGGUCACCGGGCUGAGAAAUUUGGGAAACACUUGCUAUAUGAAUUCUGUUCUUCAAGUGCUGAGUCACUUACUUAUUUUUCGACAGUGUUUUUUAAAGCUUGAUCUGAACCAGUGGCUGGCUGUGACUGCUGGUGGCAAGACAAGAUCCUACAGUCGUCCCUGUGUGACAGACGCCAUGGUGUAUCAAGUGGGAAAGUGCCAGGAAAAAGACCCAGGCUUUCUUUGCUCUAGCCACUCAAGUAUAUCGUCAAGACUGAGUGGCGGAGCUUCCAGAAGAAGAAAUAAGGAGCUCAUUCAGCCCAGGGAGCCACGCUCACAGUAUUUCUCUCUUUGCCACGAAUUGCACACCUUGUUUGAGGUCAUGUGGUCUGGAAAGUGGGCCCUGGUCUCACCCUGUGCUAUGCUCCACUCAGUAUGGAGGGUCAUUCCUGCUUUUUGUGGUUAUACCCAACAAGAUGCUCAGGAGUUUCUUUGUGAACUUUUGGAUAAAAUACAAAAUGAGCUAGAGACAACGGGUAGGGUGCCAGCACUUCUCCCCACUUCUCAAAGGAAACUUAUCAAGCAAGUUCUCAAUGUUGUAAAUAAUAUUUUUCAUGGACAGCUUCUUAGUCGGGUUACAUGUCUUGCAUGUGACAGCAAAUCAAAUACCAUAGAAUCUUUCUGGGACUUGUCAUUGGAAUUUCCAGAAAGAUACCAGUGCAGUGGAAAAGAUGCUACCUCACAGCCAUGUUUGGUUACUGAAAUGUUGGCCAAGUUCACAGAAACUGAAGCUUUAGAAGGAAAAAUCUACGUAUGUGACCGCUGUAACUCCAAGCGCAGGAGGUUCUCCGCCAAGCCAGCAGCACUCUCGGAAGCCCAGAAGCAGCUCCUCAUCUGCCGCCUGCCAAAGGUUCUCAGGCUGCACCUCAAGCGCUUCAGGUGGUCAGGACGUAAUAACCGAGAGAAGAUCAGUAUUCAUGUUGGCUUUGAAGAGAUCUUAAACAUGGAGCCCUAUUGCUGCGGGGAGACCCUGAAAUCACUCCGACCCGAAUGCUUUCUUUACGACUUGUCUGCCGUCGUGAUGCACCACGGGAAAGGGUUCGGCUCAGGACACUACACGGCCUACUGCUAUAAUUCUGAAGGAGGGUUCUGGGUGCACUGCAACGACUCCAAGCUGAGCGUGUGCACCUCGGCUGAUGUGUGCAGGGCCCAGGCCUACAUCCUGUUCUACACGCAGCGCGGGCCUGAGAGCGGUUACCUGGAGUGCCCGGCGGAUGGCCAGCACCCGGGAGACCAGGACAGGGACGGCAUGGACCCCCCUGCUAGUGACAGCUGCAGCUGACCCAGGACGCCAGUUUGCUUCUUGAAAUGUGGAGACUUUUUUCUAAAGGGCUGAGUUGUAAUUUGGUGCUUUUUUUACUUCAGAAUCAGUGCGCACACUACAUUUAUAUAUUCUGUAUCUAACAAAACUUUUACACAGAGAUGAAGCAUAAAUAUAUGCUUCUCAGGUGCUAGGUUGAGACUGUUGACCUUAGGCUCAUGUUACCUCUCAUUGAUGUCUUAACUGGCUUAGAUCAUGAAUUUGUGCGAUCUACUGAAAUGCAGGGAAGCAUUUUAUACACAUUUGUUGCUUAUUUAUCUUUUGUAGCUGCUUUCUAUACAGAUUGUAAAAAGAUGGAAAAUUGGAUAGUUUCCUCACAAAUAAGUCUCAACUAAAAAAGAACAUUUCUUGCAGGGCAUUUGUGUCCUGACGUCACCUUGCCCUGGGAAGGGAGCUGAGCUGAAGCACUGCAGGUGACUCAGCCUCACCAGCUGUCAUACCUGGUGAUGUGCCCAAGGUUCUGCACAGUUGGGGCUCAGAAGAGAUUGAUUUGGCUAAUGGAAUUUGAUUUAAAAUUGUAAGAGUUGUUGGAGGCUGAGGCAGGAGGAUCGCUGUGAGUUCAAGGCCAGUCUGGGCUACACAGUGAGAUCUAUCUCAAAAAAGCACACCAAAAAAUUUUUAACAGUUCUUUAUUUAACAUAGUCAAACUAUAUUUAAAUGAAAAUGGCAAAUUUACAAAUGUAUAUUAAGUAAAUUUUUAUAACUGUGGAUAUGAAAAGGGAAGAAUGGCUGGUACUUACUUGAAUUUACCAAACCUGUAUAUUACGUUUCACAUUGUUUAUCUUUUUCAUUCUGUAUUUGAUAACAUUGUACCUCUUAAAGCUUUAUAUAGCUCGAGAUUGUUAGUUCAAGGGAAUAAAAGUCUUGAAGAGAAAACUAGAGGCCAGAGAAGGUAACUAUUCAAGAUUAGCAACUGGCCUACAUGUGUGGCAUCUCAUUUUUCUGAAUAGCAAAGCCUGGAUAUUUUACUCUUGCUAGGAUUAUGUUAAGUAUUGGGAAACUCUGAGGUAUCCUGGGAUGCCAGCCUUCUUAAAAAUACAGUGAAAACUAUCUAAAUUUGUGUUAAGAGCAUGGUGUGAGCCUGGCACGGUAGUAGUGCACGCCCAUAGUCCUGGCAGUUGGGAGGCUGAGGCAGGACUGCUGAGUUCAAGUCAGCCUGAGCUGUAAUGUGAGUUCAGGGCAUCUCCACUUCAGUGAGACCCUGUCUCAAAAAAAAGAAUAGUGUGACAUGCUUCUUCUCUUCUUCCCUAAUAACCACAGUACUUCCUUGAAGUCCUGCUGAUUUAAAAGGAGAGGGUCUGCUCACCUCUGUAGAUCAGUAACAGAUCAUAUGCCAUUGGCAGUUACUAGAAGAUCAUUUGCCCCUUUUCUCUAAGAUAAAUUUAUUUGCAGCUUGAAAUCUAAUGAAAAGUAAUAUCCUGUGACUAUCUGCCAUUAGAAGUUACUUGUAAGUAUAAACCUUAAAAGCAACCUGUAUUAGCACAUUUCUUAGUUUCAGGAAACAAAUCACCUGGAGCAGCUGAUUUAAGCAUAAAUGAGAAUUUAGCAUCAAACAGCUUGUGCCAGAAAAUAGCUGGGUAUUAAACGCCAAGGAUUAGAGCUGCUGGCUGCCUGAACAUCUGUGCAGGCUGUUUCCUCCACUCUCACAGUCAAGCCUCAUUAAGACUCAGGUGCCCAGCCUUUCCUUGUCAGGAAUAUAGGCCGUAUAUCCCAGGCUGCCCUCCAACCCAGGGUUCCCAGGACAAUUUUUCAAAUACGGAAUAAUUUAGCACCUAAUUUUAAUCAGAUUUUAAAAGAAAAAACUUGAAGCUGUGUCUGUAAUGGCAUAACUGCUUGUAUUUAUUUUGGUCUGAAAUACACUAAAAGCUAUGGGGGAGAGGGAGGUGUUGGGGUGGCCACGGUACAUAGGAAUUGUGUUUCCACUGAAUUAGACAUGUAAACCUAAAUGACUCACAGAACUUAGAUUUCUCACUAAAUAUCCCCAGUUUCCACAUGGACCUCUACAUUCUGCUGUGUUGAUCUAACAAAAAACAACAUGUUCUGGUUGUAAAAUAAUUUACUAAAGGCACUGCUGUUAAACAUCA